AUGGGAAGAGGACGCCGCGGCUUGAUCUCGGCGGCUGCCUCUGGCCCCAAAGAACGCCAUAAGAGAUCGCAAAGGUCUCAAUAUCAUCAUCCCUACUCGCCUCCGCCUGACACCUUCAUGGCCAAGCCAUCGCUACCAAAAUCCAAGCACCACUCUUACUUCGAGCUAGUUGAGAACAAGGAGAAGAAGAAGAAGCUCGAGUAUCAGAUUACUACCGAAAAGAACCCGCCGCCAGGGUUCGAAUUUGUCCCCAUCGGCAAUCCAAAGUUAACUGCGGCCUGCAAAGAAAUAUCCCGCGAAAAAGAUGCCAUGAUUUUCAUCGUCUCGAACGCCAGAAGUCUCGACGAAAGCAUCCUCGCCAACCAGGUCCAUCGAGUUGGCCAUCAUAUCAGGCAAGUCAUCGUUGAGGAGGCCAAAGAGAGCCUUGGCGGCUCGUCCCAUCACGCCGUUCCGGCAACCGACGCAGGGCCUGAGCCCAUUCCGGAAUCUCAGAGGGCAUACCAUGCUCAGGUUGAUGCAGCUAUCAGAGACUUGUUUCCACGGAUUCCCAAUACUGACCGUCAGAUGAUUAUUGAGCACUCUUUCACUCGGGGCUCAGCUAAUCGAUCCGAGCAUCCCGUUGGGUUCUCGGAAGAGAUUGCGCUAUCCCGCAGGGUCCAGCUGGCUGUCUUGGCUCACAUAAGGCACACGCAUACGCGGUAUGAUCUGCUUCUGAAAGAAACAACAUGGCAGAAUGCUCGGAAAACUGUAGAAUCUCUGUGUCUCGACAUCCUCGUCAAGUGGCGGGGAGACGAAGAGACUGGUCGUGACCAGCUGGAUGAGAUCCUCCGCGAAGUAGUUGUCAUUUCUGAUUCGGAAGACGAUGAGGACGACGACGACGACGAAGAGGAAUCGACUGACUAUACGUCAGAUGAAAGUGCUGACAAUGCCAGGCUCACACCCAUGCCUGUGUAUCGGUCAGCACCACCCUUGCAACCUGUGGAUCGAACAGAUCGCUCCCCUCCAAAGUCACCUAUCCGGGAAGCGAUCCAAGUGGCUUCUUCUCCUCCGAUUAGGAUCGGUUUAGAAGACACUGGUCGCGCUCGUAGAAAUGACAGGAGAGCUCAGCGAGGUUUUAGAAGAUACCGUGCCUGGGAAGAGGCGAUUAGACGUAACCGAGGGGAAACGCCUUUGGUGGAGCGGACCUCUCCAGAUAUAGCCAUCAGUCAUGCUUCAUAUCGACCAUCGCCGCCUUCUAGAUUUUCCUAUGACGCUUAUGGUCGGCCAUAUGACAAUCCUGAUCCAAUGGUCCAUCCUGGCGGUAUCUUUGGAGUCUCCUCGCAUCUGGAUAACCAUCGGAUACAGCAGCCAGUAUAUGGGAUACCGUCUUCUUUGAAUGCUUCGCCCUACCUUGGCCGAACAGUCGAACCCCAAUUUGCUCAUGAAAAGGUAAUGUCUGUUGUUCCGUUCCCGACCAGCACGUCUUCUCGCGAGCUGGCCUCUUCUUCGGCUUCCAGUCAUUUCCAAGACAUGUUGGUACGCUCUAUCGAAUCCCGUUCUCCGACUGCGCAGCCCACCUUUAUUCGCACCCUGCCUCCCAGGAGUCAAGCAUCUGUAAGUUCGUAUGCGCCACUGGCCACGUCCCUGGCUAGUAUUCAACAGCCUCCCAUGCUUGUUUCGCAUCCAGCAGAAGAAACCCGUUCCUGGGAUCGCCCCUCACCUGCACAUAUAUCCACUGGCUUUAAUAGGCCUCAAACCAUGAGUAUCGACGCUGUGUCCAGUAGAGAAUCUGCCCAAUCACUUGAUUUCCGUGGCUCUACCUACUUUCAUCCGCCGUCUGGAUAUGGAGCACAACCACCGCCUCUUUAUUCGCAUCCGAUUUCUAGCAAUCCAGGACCAGGCUCUUCCAGGCUCCCGGAAACAAGGAGAAUUGUCUUACAAGCAACCCGACCUGGAGAACGGCCAAACCCUAUCCUUAUGGAGGAUAGAGGUGGAUAUUUUGAAAGGAUAAACCCCAGGCCUGAAAGCAGCUCAAGAAUCCAGCUACGCCCCGUCCGCUCUGCUCAGCCACAAACAGAGGUUCAAAGUCAAAGAAUUGUUCGACCUCAUACAAUCUUCUCAUGGGAAGAGGAUUUAAGAAACAGAGGCGGACGCCGUGGCGUCGCCGAAAUUGAGGUCAAUCCCAUAGUCGAUCCUCGCCCCCAUGCACCUCAUGCUCGACAACAUGCUCCCCAUGAAUACUUUGGCGCGCUACCACCGACCAAAGAGGACGAUUACAGACUACAGUCUCGGCGAGUGCCAGAUGGAGAGUAUGGUGCAGCACCUCCCGAGGGCUACUGGACUAUGUGA